AUGGCUCCAACAAAGUACUCUGAUCGCACAAUUCCGACCGUUUCUCUGGCGAACUUCGACAAUCGGAUCGACGAGAUCACAAAGCAGCUUGUCGAUGCAGCAGAGAACGUUGGCUUCUUCUGCCUCGUGGACCAUGGCAUCUCGCGUGAACAAGUCGACAAGAUCUUCGAUGCUUCAGCUGCAUUCUUCUCUCUGGACGACGAUGUAAAGGCUCAAGUGCCUUUCUCUGCUCAACACAAUGCUGGAUGGGAGAAGAACGCUCAGAUACGACCCUCUACAGGGGCCGCGGACCAGAAGGAGUCUUAUCAGAUGCAAUUUGGCUCAAACAUGGACGGGCGCUGGCUGGCAGAGGAAACGCUGCCAGGCUUCCGGGACGAGGCGCUGCAUUUCAUGCGGUUGGCGCAAUCCGUGUCCGAGCACUUGAUGGUGUGCUUCGCACGAGGGCUGGGCUUUCCGGACGAUUACUUCAUCAAGGCGCACGACAUCAGCGAGCCCGACUCACAGACCGUCGGCCGCCUCCUGCAUUACUUCCCAACGCCCGAAACAAACGAUGGCAAAGUUCACCACCGCGCGGGCGCGCACUGCGAUUGGGACUUUGUGACGCUCCUCUUCCAGAAAGCCGGCCAGUCCGGACUCGAAAUCUGCCCCGGCCGCGAAACGACCUCCCGAUUCGGCGAGUCCGACGUCUGGACCAAAGUUGAGCCCGACCCAGACUCCAACGCCAUCAUCUGCAACAUCGGCGACCUCCUCAUGUCGUGGUCCGACGACCGCUUCAAGUCGACGCUGCACCGUGUCAAGGCGCCGUCUGAGCCGGGUGACUUCUACGGCGAGAGAUACAGUAUCGCAUUCUUCAACCAGCCCCGGAUGAGCGCGCAGAUCCAGGGACCGAAACAAAAGUACCCCAUGCUCACAGGCGAGGAGUUUACGAGAAAUGCCAUGCAGCGCAACUUCAAAGCCGUCUUGGAAGCAAAGGAGAAGCAAGCUCAGCGGGCGGUAGGUCCGGGAGUGCCGACUGCCACGUCGGUGUCGGUGGGAGCUUGA